AUGCUCAAUGUUAAGCCAAACCAAAACCCGAUUCUCGAUCUUGAUUCAUCGCGUUAUAGUGAAGCUCUUAGGACAAUGAUUGAAUGCCUAAGGUUCUCGCCACUGGCCCAAACUUUAACAAUGGUUUCUUCUCACAAAACUUCGAUCACCAAUACCCACUUCAGCAAACUCUUAGGUCUUGCUUCAUCUGAAAACUCUCGUGGACCCAUAAUCGAUUUCCUCAACUACCCUAAUCGUGAUGUUUUAUCAGAUGGGAUAUACUUGAGACAUAUCCCUAUUUUCAAAGUUCAGGAAGCCCUUUCUUCCUCCAAUAUGGAAUGUGCUAUUCACCUUGCAUUUCAAUAG